ACUCACAAGAAGGACUCACGAGAAGGCAAGAAUGAGCGGCAAGGCACAAGAUCGAAGCCAAGGCAUCGGCUUUGGAGAUAUCUUACAGGAAAACCAUAAAGAGAUAAAAUCUACAUUGGAUAAGGAGGGUGAAAUACUAAAAUUACUCAAGAACAGCUCAGCAGAAUCUCCUCAACACAGUCCCUGUCAGCAACGUUUGGUGUGUAUUCUUUGUGGGAUCUGUCCCAGGAAAUUUUCUGGACACCAAAAUAACAGCUCAUGUGCAAAUCAAGAGGAUGAAGUCAAACCACUCAAACAUGGAAAACCAGAAAAUGAGGAAGAAUGUUUUGAUGUGGAUGUUUAUAGACUUAAUCUGGCAGAAGCAAAAGAUGCAUGGACAUCAAUGCACCCAAGAGAAAUGGAGGGGUUGGUGAACCAUGAUCAAAUGGAUAAUUACAGAAAAAGGUUUGAAAAUCUCAAGACCAGUCAAGAGCGCAGUCUUACAGUGCUUGGAACCAUAAUUCAUCAAAAGCAUCAUCUAAUAAGAUCUGCUUUGGAACAUGUGGAAAAAGCAUUUAACAGUGGCGGGAAAGGUGAAUGGGGUUUCGGUAUGGCUGUCAGUUCUGGCACUUCUCAAGAUAUAUGUUCAACCCCUCAUCCACCAGAGUGUUCUGUGUGUCCAAGUAAGCGGGAUGAGCUACAGAAAACAAAGGAGCAGCUACGAAGGGCUGAGCAAAAGAUAAAGGUUGAAGAACAAAUAACUGAAUCUGUCAGGGCUGAACUACGGAGAACAAAGGACCAGCUAAAAUCCCUCAAAAACAGAAUAGCAGGAGAGGUUGAUCUUGCACUUGAAACAGGAAAAACCAUCAACCUAAAAAACCCAGUUAGUAAACCAAUACUGAUAGAUUUCUACAAAGAGCUGUGCUAUGACUGGAAACAAAAGAAAAAUGAUCUAAGUUUAAUACACUUUAAACCAAAUGAUAUCAAAGGCUACAUUAAGGAUGAGUUUAAUAGGGCAUAUAAAGAUAUGCAGAUAAAGAAGCACAAAAUUGAUGAAGUGUUUCAACUGGAAAAUGUUGCAUCUGGAAGAGAUUCUUCAAAGGAUAAGGAGUACAAACAGUUGACUAUUCAGAAUCUCCAACUGUGUUUCUACAAUAAGAAAUCAGAUCUUCAAUCACAGAACCCCUCAUAUGCAGAUGGUGACAAAGCUAAGAUUAUUGAGUCUCUAAAGGCUGAAUGGUACUGGCUGGCCUGCUUGAUGGCUUUGAACAAUCCUCCUCUUCGCCCUGACUGGGACAAUCCCCCUCGAUCAGCAGAUAAGUGGGACAUUUUCCCACAAACGUUUCAGGAAUUAGAUUCAUCACGGUUCCCUGCCCAAGGAGUGGGCAGAAUGGAAAAUGCAAGGCAUGCCUUGUCACCUGGUUUAACAGACCACGGAACCUCAUUUUAACUGUACAGUAUUAUUCUUCUCCUCUAAAAUACAUAGGGGAUCAGAAACAGAAAAUACUGGAAAACAUCCAAUAAGGAAGUCCACCAGAAAUCCUGAUCGCUACUCAGACAAAAAAAUAAAAAUCAUACCUCUGAAUACCUAUGGGCCACUAUUGCAAAGGAUAAUGUGUUUUGGCUUUGCCCAGUGAUGUGUGGUGAGGUUCAUAGCUGGUGAGGCAUUGACUUAAUUGGAAUCAGAUUUACAAAUAUUGACCCCCUGCAUGUUAGUGUUUAUAUACAGAAAGUUUGCGCUUUUGUUGAAAAAGUGUGUUUUUAGGCUUAAUGUUUAUUUUGCAAUUAUUAAUAAGUGAUUGCUAUUGUAGAUUAGCUACCGCUGCUAUUAGCUAAGUUUGAGGGCUGUUUCUUUUCUAUGUUCUUUACACAUACAAACUGUAGCCCACAACACACACAUUUCAUUAAAAAAACUAAACAAAAAAUGUCAUUGCCGUUUCACCUUUACUUAUAAAUGAAGUCUGUGCGCUGCUCAUUCUGCACAAAAAUAUCAGUUCAUCCAAAGCUGUCUUUCCUCAAUAUCCCAAGCAUUUUAUAACUGCAAUCUGGCUUUGAAUACGAAUGGUCGAUCGCUCAGGUUUGGUGAGGCUUCUUAGCAAAAUCUACAAGUCACAAAAUCCCGUACUAUAUUACAAUAAGUGCAAAACCUAGUUUUGAUUACUCAUUGUAAGGUGGAUCAUUAUGCAUUACGUUUCCACCCCAAGACAAUAAAACAAUGUAGAAAAAAAGAUAAUAUUUAAAAGUUGUGCAAGCAAUGAAGCACUAAAUGUCCUGGUCCUUGUUCAGCACAAAACUAAACUGUGUAUAUCUUCACAAUAUUUAUUGUUUUUUCAACAAGAAUUUACAACCCAUUAAAUCAGGAGAUGUCACGGUGUAUUGAGUUUUAGUAUUUGGGUUGGACAGGGUGUUGCAGGAUCCAAAAGUACAUAUUUGCAUAACAGAUGGAUUUAUACCAAACCGAUGUUCAAAACCACACCUAAAGGCCUAAAGGCAUAUUUUGAAUAAUUUGUAUUUUAAUAAUUUUUCACUUUAUCUUUAUGAGAUAAUAAAAAGAGUAUAACACAUUUGACCUCUGAGCUAAGUAAAACUUUAUUUUUUAUAAAGUUUUACUCUUAUACAGAGUUGCACCCUAAGGAAUUGAGAAAAGAUCACAAAAGUUGAUCUAUAGAUGGUGCUAUUUUAUUGAUUUAAUUUUAGUAAGCUUUCAAAAAAUAUGCUAAUUUACAAUAUAUGCAUGAAGAAACUUAGUUUUUGGCAGUAAAGCGUUUAUUGAGCCUAACUUUAGAACAGUUUAAGACUUGUCACUAGUUUCAUAUCAAAGGAAGUGUAUGUGUCCCUUUAUAGCCUGAUCUAAUAUUAGGGGACACUUUAAGAAGGUAAAAGUUAUUUUUCCAAAAUGGCUUAAUGCAUUUUCAUGAAACUUCUAUCUUCAGGAUUCAACCCUGAGACUUACUGGUAAUUAUUGAUCAAAGUGGAAGAAAAUUAUGCACAAAAAUGGAAGUCUAACCUGUCAUCUUUGAAAAAAAUCUAAACAUAAAUUUUAUGAUUAAUUGGUGGUUAGAUUUUUUUAUUUAUUUAAAAACACAUUGAACAUGUUAUUCCUCUUACAUGACCAAGUGAGAAUUUUCGGGCAGGCUUUUAAUAUUUUAUGCUUUUAUUAUAAAUGUAUUAAUUUGCAUAACUAAACUAAAUAAUUAUGGUUGACAGUUUUCUCUGAAAAAAGCAAUCUUUUGACUUUUUAAUAUCUUGAUGUUAUUAUGUAGUCAUGGUUAUUUGAGAAUAAUUAGUAUAUGUUUUGUGGAUUAAAUGUGGAUUCCCAUUAAUGUAUUAAAUUCAGUAUGGUUUAAAGAGAAGUUAACAAUUAUUUUUGUAGAAAGCAGUAAAUCUGGACAUGAUAAAAGCCUGAUGUAAUGGAAAAGACAGAAAUAUUGCUUUUAUUAAUAAAAUGUGGAUUUUCUUAAAUGAAUUUCUUAAUUUGGCUUUGUAUAUUUUAUGAAAAGACAGUUAACUUUUUUAAUGAAAGAGAAUUUCGUCUAGGGACAUGGAAAUAAAAGGAUAUGAUCAUGUGUAGACACACUAUUUUGGUAAUUUUCUGAUGAAAUAAUUUUUAAAUAAAUGUAUUAAAUUUUCAGUAUGGUGUAAAAUGGGAGUUAACUUUUCUCUCUUUUUUUUUUUAAAGAAAAGCAUUGAAUGUACAGACACAAUAAAAGCUUGGUGUUAUCCCAUAUGAGCUUGUGUAAUCUUGGUAAUUUAUAAAUAAAAUAUGGAUGUUUUAAAAUUUAAA